CUUGGAAGCUUUUAAAUUUUGACAAAAAUUAAAAUUUAUAAAAUUACUUGAGAUAUUUAUGGAUAUAAAGAGCGUUUAUACAAAAUAUUCUGUUGUUUAUUUAUGGAUUGUGACCUGUACUGUAAAUAAUGUAAGUGUACUUACACAAGAAUGGAAAAAUUACUCCCUUCCAAGUUCACAAAAAUUUGACAUAAAUUUAUAAACCAGAAAAAAAUUGAAAUUUUUGUACAGGCUUUAAAAUAAUUAAAUUUUUAACGAAAAAUACUAGAAAUCGUCACUCUGAUUUUUUAUUAUAAUAAAUAAUUUAAUAGAAGUAAAAAGAAAAAAAAUUUUAUUAACAAAAUAUAUAGAGGGCCUGGAUUUUGGCCAGGGGCUGACCAUCUGGUACUUGAUAAUUUUCAAAAAUUUCUAUCUGUCCUUCCCCAACUUCCAUUGUAUAAAUUUCCGAUUAAAACUGAAUUUGGGUUGCGAAUCUUGAGAAGCGAUUUUCAAAACUUUAAAGUACACAUAAAUUAAAAAUUUUUUAUUGUUACUGCAGUAUACCCGUAUUACCUCCUCCCGUAUCCUCACCAGGUACGAAAUGUGCACUAAUCCAUUGUACCGGAUGCAAAUGUACCUCAGUUAGCUCUCGAACAUCAGAAUUAACAUAUACCGCUGAUGCAAGUUUAACUUUCCGGAUUUAUUGUGAUUUUCGUCAUCGAGCUUUUAAAUUUUAAAGAUUUAUUUUUUAUAAAUUUAAUUAAUCAUUAAGUUUUAUUAAUAAUAUGUACAAACGAUUUUUUAAGAAAUUUAAACCAAAAUGUUUACCAACACGCGUGGUAAUUUGUAUCAUGAUGUUUACAUGCUGUUGGAUGAACUAUAUGUGCAGAUUACAAAUGAGUAUUCUCGCAGUCCCAAUGAUAAAAACUCUUGAAGAUAAACAGUUAUCACACGGAGCGUGUGUAAGUCUUGAGAAUCAAAAAUCACGGCGAUCUGUAUUCAUUGACAGCGAAGAUUCUUCCGAAGAAUUCAUUAAAAAUGUUAAUUAUUCUCGCGAACUUUUACCGCGUAAAAUAAAUGAAACCGAAGUGACCUCGCCGCCAAAUAAUUAUGAUAAUUUAAAUAAUAGUUAUACGAAUACGUUAUUACUGGACACGCGUCAAUCUAAAAGGACAGGGUUUCAUAUUUUCUCAAACGCGGCCUUCGAAUGGACGCCUUUCAUCCGCGGUCAAUUGAUAUCCGCAUACGCCUGGGGUAAUGUACCGGGUAAUUUUAUCGGUGGUGUACUUGCCCAGAAAUUUGGCCCACGUAGAGCCGUUCUCUGGUCGUCAAUUAUCGCGAGUCUUGUAUCGUUGGCUACGCCGAUUCUCGCUCAAUUGUCCUGGAUUGUUUUACUUUUAUCGCGAGUAAUUAUCGGCUUAACUGGAGGCGUCACUUUUCCAGCGUGCCAUACGCUUGUCGCUAAAUGGUCACCGCCAAAUGAAAAAGGUAGAUUUGUUUGGACACUACAGGGCGGGACAUUUGGUUCGAUAUUUCUGUUCGGUAUUAUUUCGGGCAUCGCGGAAAAAAUAAAUUGGGAAAUGGGCUGGUAUUUACCGGCAUUGAUUAUGAUGGUGUGGAUUGUGUUCUGGUGGUUUUUGGCUUUUGAUUCACCAGAAGAACAUCCUAGUAUCAGUGAAAAGGAGAAGUUGUAUAUUAUUGAAUCGCUGUCGGGAACGGUUAAUGUUGAGAAGCCAUCAUUCAAAAAUACGCCGCUAUUAAAAAUAUUAACAUCGAUUCCAUUUAUUUGUUUGGUACUUUGUCACUUUGGAAAUGUCUUUUUACUAUUUUUCUAUCAAAAUGGAAUGAUGUUGUACCAAACUAAAGCCCUGGGAUUCAAACUGACAAAAGGCGGAGUGGUGUCAGGAUUGCCGUGGGCCAGCAGGGUCUUAUUUGCAUUUGUGUUCGGUUGGGUCGGUGACACAAUUAAACGAAAAGAAAUUUUAUCUGUCACGGCAUUGAGGAAGUGCGCUACUAUAUUUUCGCAUUUACUGCCGGGUGUUUGUCUGAUAGUUGUCGGCUAUCUCGGGUGCUCGUUGGUUUGGGCAAACGUUUUCCUGAUUCUCGCGCUCGGGUUCAAUGGCGCAGCCUCGAUUUCAAAUUUAUCAAACAAUCAAGAUCUGUCCCCUAAUUACGCUGGAUUUCUUUACGGUAUUAUGAACACGGUCGGUUCACUGUCAGGGAUUAUGAUAUCCCCGAUUGUUGAAGAAGUUGCUGGCAAGUGGGGGCAUCCUAUUGAAAAAUGGCAAAUACUUUUUUGGAUGGGCGCCGUUGUCUGCAUCGUUUGUAUGGUAAUAUUUAUAAUCGGUGGAAGCGGACAAGUUCAAAGUUGGAACGAAGUCCGUUCAUCUGACCCCAGUCGACUCGCUACUAUAAAUACUAAUCGACCAGAACCAACAUCAACAACAAAAACUUAAAAAGAAAUUUGAUACUUUGUCUUUUCACAAUUAUUUUUUGUUGACUAUUGAACCCAAGUUUUGAAAUAACGUUCGCUGGGUUAAAAAAAUAUUAUUUAUGAUAAAGAAUAAUUUUAUAAUUUGUCGUGGAUUGUCAAUAGUUUGAUGCGGAUAUUUUUAUAUUUUUUAAUCAAACUCGUAUGACAGGAAGUAUAGAAUGAUAGUUUUCUUCUUAUAUAACACGAGGUAAAUUAUCGUUAUACAAUUAUAUAGCUAGAU